AUGGCGGCUGCCCCCUACCUCUCUUCCUCUGAAGGCCCCACCUGUAUAGAAUCUUCUAAGGUCUCAGAUGGGCCCCCAGACUCCUUCAUUGUCUCUCAACUCUACUUCCCCCAAGCAGGGACCCCAAACCUGUCCGCAGGGCCUGCUGCCCCAUCCCCAAGGCUCUGCUGUAGCUUCGGCCUCCACUGCUGUGCCCAUGUUCAGCCCCAGUUCCACCUUGGGACACCUAUCCUGCCUCAGCCCUCUGGCUGGACCCCACCCCAGAUCUGGUAUCAGACCAACCACCCCUCCCCUCCCCCCAUUCCCACCAGCGAGGGGCCUGGGGAGGAUUCAGCCACCAGGGGGCCCUUGAGAGGCUCCCACAGCCUGAUCCCUGCUCAGGAGCCCACAGCUGCUGUUGUAGGGGACAGGAUUCACAGGCCAGCAGCUAGCGCCCCCUCCGCCUCAGACACAACCGUACACAGGGUCCUCAGCUUUGAGAUCCCUCCGUGGGUGACUUGUGAGUCUUGCACAAGUUCCCCAUUUGACCGGGAGGUUAUCGAGGUUAUCGGGGCAGGGGGUGGGGAGACUCUAGAAGUCUCCCAGACUUCCCUCCACCCUCCUUGGUGCCAGACAGUCCUCACGGUGGCCAGGAGCCAGUGGGCCUCGAGUGUACCAGGCCAGGGCCUCCAGAAGGUCACUUGCCUAGAUGCAGACCCCCUUGGCAGCGGUGAGCAGUGGGGCUCAGGUCUUCUGGGAGUUGGUCAGGAGCUACACCUGGACGAGGUGAUACGAUGUCCAGGAGCCCUGGACAGGGAGGCAGGGGUGGGAGAGGUGACGAUGCUGAAGACCUCCCCAUCUCCUGUCCUGGCCAGACAGAAGCUGUGGGCCUGGUGGGGCCUGACCGGGGGGGCCCUGCUCUCUGCCCUGUGGUUCCUGUGGCCCCCCAUGCCAGCCCCUAGGGGACCCCUGGAGCCCCCACCCCCACUCACCAUCCUCAUCUGGCAUUGGCCCUUUACUGACCAGCCCCCCGACCUGCCUGGUGAAACCUGUUCACACUUUGGCGCUGCCCACUGCUGCCUGAGCACCAACCGCAGCCUGCUGGCCAGUGCCGAUGCUGUGGUCUUCCACCACCGGGAGCUGCAGAAUAGCCGGGUCCACUUGCCCUUGGACAGGAGGCCGCGUGGGCAGCCCUGGGUCUGGGCCUCCAUGGAGUCACCCAGCCACACCCAUGGCCUCAGCCGCCUCGGAGGUAUCUUCAACUGGGUGCUGAGCUAUCGCCGUGACUCGGACAUCUUUGUGCCCUAUGGUCGCCUGGAGCCCCUUGAAGGACCCCUUCUACCACCAUCGCCGGUCAAGAGUAGGCUGGCUGCCUGGGUGGUCAGUAACUUUCAGGAGCGGCAGCAGCGGGCGAAGCUGUACCGACAGUUGGCACCUCACCUGCACAUCGAUGUGUUUGGCCGCGCCAACAGGCGGCCACUCUGUGCAGAUUGCCUGCUGCCCACUGUGGCCCGCUACCAUUUCUAUCUGGCCUUCGAGAACUCCGUGCACCGAGACUACAUCACGGAGAAGUUCUGGCGCAAUGCGCUGCUGGCGGGCACCGUGCCCGUGGUGCUGGGCCCCCCGAGGGCCAACUACGAGGCUUUUGCACCCCCUGAUGCCUUCGUGCAUGUGGAGGAUUUCGACUCCGUCCAUGAGCUGGCCAGCUUCCUUUCCAGCAUGAACGAGACUUGCUACCAGCGUUUCUUUGCCUGGCAUGACCACCUGCGAGUGCGGCUACUCAAUGACUGGCGAGAACGUUUCUGUGCUAUCUGUGCCCGCUUCCCCCACCUGCCGCGCGGCCAGGUCUAUGAGGACCUUGAGGGCUGGUUCCAGGGAGAUGUUCUUGAACCCCAAAAGGUCAAAGUGGGUGCAAUGCUGGCUGGCUCUCUGCUGCCCUCUGCUGGCCUCAUGGGGCUGGACCCCGAACCCUUUCUGCCUGAGCUGGGGCUGAGCCCACAGGCUCUAGGUCAUUUCUUUGGGAUGGACUCCACCCCAGAGACCAGAUUUGCACCUGGACAGGGUCUGGGGCGUGCCCUGGUGGAUGCUGCGGACUCCGGGAGCGGCGCCUUUAAGCGCGGGCGGCUCGGGUGGGGGCGCGCGGGGGACGGCACGAAGUCGCCGUCGCUGCCGUCGCCGCCUGGGCGGAGCCGCCGCCGAGCCGGUCCCGGACGCCUGAGCCGCCCCGCCCCCGCGCGGGCGACGAUGCCGAGAGGCGCGGCGGCCAGUGGGGCCCGGUGGGGCGCGCAGGGGAACGGGACGCGGCUCUGA